AUGAAUAUCACCACCACCACCAACAACCAACCUCCCCCACCCCCACCACCAAUCCCCUCCAGCAGCUCCCACCCACCCUGGACCUGCUCAGUAUGUACCUCUGAGCUCCUCAGCCCGCCACACUCCAUCUCGCACAAUCUCAUCUGCAAACCUUGCAUCACAAGACUAUUCGAGCUCGCUCUCAUCGACGAAACCGCCUGGCCGCCUCGCUGGGGUGCAUUACUUCUCCAUCACGGCGAAUUUCGAGAUGUGCUGGAUGCGGAUCUACUGAUGAGACUGGAUGAGAGGGUGCGGGAGAGAAGGUGUCCUGUGGCGGAGAGGGUGUAUUGUCGACAGCAGCAGUGUGGGGCUUUUUUAGGAAGGAGAUGGGGGGUUGAUGAGGAUGAUGAGUCAAAGUGUGAGUGGUGUGGGAGAUGUGGAUUGUGUACGUGUUUGCGAUGCUUGAGACGGUUUGAGUUUGAUGAUGCUGCGAAAAGACAGGUUGAUGCAGCUUUCCAGGGUUUGCAUCGUGGGAGAGAUUAUCAGGAUUGUCCGAAUUGCCGACAGAGAGUUCAGUUGGCGGAUGGAUGCAACCAUAUUACGUGCACUUGCGGAAUACAGUUCUGCUAUCUCUGUGGA